GGGCGAUGUGUGACCAGGAAGUUGACAGGAAGGGACAGCAGGAUGUAGUGUGUUUGCGCUGAAAUGUCCCUCCUCGUUCACUAACUCCUGUUCACCGCAGAGGAUCCGUCUGAAGCAGCCGGAUUGAGUGUGAUGGAACCACCUGUACGUCAGAUUUGGAAGAGAGGCUUCCACAACCUCCACAGAUGUUUCAUUCUUCAUAAGAGACGCCAUUCAGGUCAGGCUGGGCAUGCAGACAUCGCUGCCUCCAACCCCCCCAGACACAUCAAGCCCACGCUGCUGGUGUCUCGUCUCUACCAGCCUUCGAACCUGCGGGAUGUGGGGCAGGACAGCCGGCUGCAGGGGGAGAUGACCUGUAAGAGCCAGAUGCUAAUGCAGCAAGCAGGGCUCAUCCAUCCAUCAAACCCAGGGUGCUACUACUACCUUCCUGUCACUGUCCGCUCCAUGGAAAAGCUGGUAAGGGUGAUUGACCAGGAAAUGCAGGGGAUUGGUGGACAGAAGUUAGACAUGCCCAGUUUGUGCUCGGCUGAUCUCUGGAAAACCAGUGAGCGCUGGGAUCUGAUGGGAAAGGAGCUGUUCCGUUUGAAGGACCGCCACAAUGCAGACUAUUGCUUGGGUCCCACGCAUGAAGAGGCCGUAACAACUCUUGUCGCUCACCAGACGACCCUCUCCUACAGACAACUGCCGUUACUUCUUUACCAAGUCACCCGCAAGUUCAGAGAUGAACCAAAACCGAGGUUCGGUCUCCUACGAGGGAGGGAGUUUUACAUGAAGGACAUGUACUCCUUUGACAUGAGUGAAGAAGCUGCUCACAAGACGUACGAAUCUGUCUGCCAGGCGUACACUCGACUCUUUGCCAGGUUAGGCCUUCGUUGUGUUCAAGUGCAGGCAGACACUGGAAACAUUGGUGGCACGCUCUCCCAUGAGUUUCAGCUGCCUGCAGACAUUGGUGAGGACCGGCUAUUGGUCUGUGGGACCUGCUCCUUUGCUGCUAAUGUGGAGACUUUGUCUCCAGACAAAACAGACUGUCCACAGUGCAGCGCUGGCACACUGGUUGAGUCAAAGGGAAUAGAAGUAGGUCACACGUUUUAUCUGGGUAGAAAGUAUUCCAAUAUAUUCAAAGCCAUUUUUAGUAAUCACCAGAACAAGCCUACUGUUGCUGAGAUGGGCUGCUAUGGUCUCGGAGUGACCCGUAUCCUCGCUGCGGCAAUCGAGGUGAUGUCAACAGAGGAAGCGAUCCGCUGGCCUGGUCUCAUCGCCCCCUACCAGGUUUGUGUUUUACCCCCUAAAAAAGGUAGCAAGGUGGAGGAGGCGGCAGUCCUGGCAGAGGAUCUGGUUCACACGUUGGGACAGUUUCUUCCACAUUUGAGAGGUGAAGUUGUUCUCGAUGACCGCACACAGAUGACUAUCGGAAAGAGACUUAGGGAUGCUGGCCGACUGGGUUACCCAUAUGUGGUCGUCGUGGGACAGGCAGCUCUGGAGGAAAUGCCAAAGUUUGAGGUGAUAUGUCAGCAGACUGGUGAGACAGUGUUUCUCAGUAAAGAUGGACUGAUAGAUUUACUGAGAACAGUGGAGACUGUAUAAAGAAAAACUUUAAACUGGGGGGAAUAAAAUUUGAAAAAUGUUUUUUUUCUUUUAGCUAAAUGGCUACGAAUAUAAUAAUAAUAGAUAUGGAUAAGGGAUAUUUGAAUGCAUUUGGUUAUGACAAUAAAAGUGAAAAAAUGG